GCCGCCGCAGCCCGAGAGACGCGCUUCACCUGCCGGGAGAGACGCUCUGAACCCGCGGCGAAUCAUGAUGGACGGCGGAGAAGCCGAAGACGAGAUCCAGUUCUUACGGACCGAUGAUGAGGUGGUGUUACAGUGUUCAGCGAUGGUUCACAAGGAGCAGCAGAAACUCUGUCUGGCUGCUGAAGGGUUUGGAAACAGAUUGUGUUUCCUGGAGUCCACAUCCAACUCAAAGAAUGUUCCUCCUGAUCUGUCCAUAUGUACAUUUGUGCUGGAGCAGUCGCUGUCGGUACGAGCGUUGCAGGAGAUGCUCGCGAACACAGAGGAGCGAGUGGAGGGGCACAUAGACAUGGAGAAAUGGAAAUUCAUGAUGAAGACGGCGCAGGGCGGAGGUCACCGGACACUUCUGUACGGUCACGCCAUCUUACUGCGACACUCCUACAGUGGAAUGUAUCUGUGCUGUCUGUCCACGGCUCGCUCGUCCACAGAUAAACUGGCGUUUGACGUUGGGCUUCAGGAAGACACGACAGGUGAGGCGUGCUGGUGGACCAUACACCCCGCGUCCAAACAGAGGUCAGAGGGCGAGAAAGUGCGAGUGGGCGAUGACCUCAUUCUUGUCAGUGUGUCGUCUGAACGUUACCUGCACUUGUCGUACGGUAUCGACAGUUUACACGUGGACGCGGCGUUUCAACAGACGCUCUGGAGUGUCGCGCCGAUCUGCUCCGGGAGUGAAGUGGCUCAGGGGUUCCUGAUUGGUGGAGAUGUUCUCCGGCUUCUUCAUGGUCACAUGGACGAGUGUCUGACCGUCCCGUCAGGAGAACAUGGAGAGGAACACCGCAGGGCGGUGCAUUACGAGGGUGGAGCCGUGUCCAUCCAUGCGAGAUCUCUCUGGAGGCUGGAGACACUGCGAGUGGCGUGGAGCGGCAGUCAUAUCCGCUGGGGUCAGCCAUUCCGGUUACGUCAUGUGACCACGGGGAAAUAUCUGAGCAUGAUGGAUGAUCAAGGGCUGCUGCUAAUGGACAAAGAGAAAGCCGACGUCAAAUCAACGGCGUUCUGCUUCCGUUCCUCGAAAGAGAAGCUGGAUUGUGGUCAGAGGAAGGAAGUGGAUGGGAUGGGUGCUCCGGAUAUCAAAUAUGGCGACUCCGUGUGCUACAUCCAGCAUGUGGACGCUGGACUCUGGCUCACCUACCAAUCAGUGGAUGCCAAGUGUGCCCGCAUGGGCGGAGUCCAGAGAAAGGCCAUCAUGCAUCAUGAAGGUCACAUGGAUGAUGGAUUAACGUUGUCACGAUCACAACACGAGGAGUCGCACACAGCUAGAGUCAUACGCAGCACUGUCUUCCUCUUUAACCGCUUUAUCAGAGGUCUGGACGCCCUGAGUAAAAAAGGCAAAACCUCCACGCUUGAUCUGCCGAUCGAGUCGGUCAGUCUGAGUCUUCAGGAUCUGAUUGGAUACUUCCAGCCCCCUGACGAGCACCUGGAGCACGAGGACAAACAGAACCGCCUGCGAGCGCUCAAGAGCCGACAGAACCUGUUCCAGGAGGAGGGAAUGAUAAACCUGGUGCUGGAGUGUAUCGAUCGUUUACAUGUGUACAGCAGCGCGGCUCAUUUUGCCGACGUGGCCGGGAAAGAAGCGGGAGAAUCCUGGAAAUCCAUCCUGAACUCCCUGUACGAGCUCCUGGCGGCUCUGAUCAGAGGAAACAGGAAGAAUUGUGCUCAGUUUUCUGGCUCUCUGGAUUGGCUGAUCAGUCGUCUGGAGAGGUUGGAAGCCUCAUCUGGAAUUCUUGAGGUUCUUCAUUGUGUUCUGGUGGAGAGUCCAGAAGCUCUGAACAUCAUCAAAGAGGGCCAUAUCAAAUCCAUUAUCUCUUUACUGGACAAACACGGACGCAACCACAAGGUUCUGGAUGUGUUAUGUUCUCUCUGUGUGUGUCAUGGUGUGGCAGUUCGCUCUAAUCAGCACCUGAUCUGCGAUAACUUGCUGCCGGGGAGAGACCUGCUGCUGCAGACACGACUUGUCAAUCACGUCAGCAGUAUGAGGCCUAAUAUCUUCCUGGGUGUUAGUGAAGGCUCCGCCCAGUACAGGAAGUGGUAUUAUGAGCUCAUAGUGGAUCACGUGGUUCCGUUUGUUACGGCUGAGGCCACACACCUGCGGGUGGGCUGGGCAUCCACACAGGGCUACUGUCCAUACCCAGGCGGAGGAGAAGGCUGGGGGGGCAACGGUGUUGGGGACGACCUUUAUUCUUAUGGCUUUGAUGGGCUACACCUGUGGGCAGGUUGCGUGGCACGGUCGGUGAGCUCACCCAAUCAGCACCUGCUGCGGGCAGAGGACGUGGUGAGCUGCUGUCUGGAUCUGAGCGCUCCAAGCAUCUCUUUCCGUAUCAACGGCCAGCCCGUCCAGGGAAUGUUUGAGAACUUCAACUCAGAUGGACUCUUUUUCCCCGUCGUGUCCUUCUCUGCUGGAGUCAAAGUGCGCUACCUGCUGGGCGGUCGUCACGGAGAGUUCAAGUUCCUUCCGCCGUCCGGUUACGCUCCGUGUUUCGAGGCCGUUUUACCACGAGAAAAACUGCGAGUGGAACACAGUCAGGAGUAUAAACAAGAUCACGGAAAAACACGGGACCUUCUGGGACCCACGAUCACACUGUCACAAGCUGCCUUCACACCAACACCUGUAGAUACCAGUCAGAUCAUCUUGCCACCACAUCUUGAGCGAAUCCGAGAGAAACUGGCUGAAAACAUCCAUGAGCUGUGGGUGAUGAACAAGAUUGAGCUCGGAUGGACCUACGGGACGGUUAGAGACGAUAAUAAGCGACAGCAUCCGUGUCUGGUGGAGUUCUCUAAACUUCCUGAACAAGAGCGCAGCUACAACCUGCAGAUGUCUCAGGAGACGUUGAAAACUCUUCUGGCUCUCGGCUGUCAUGUCGGCGUUGCAGAUGAACGAGCGGCCGAGAAAGUCAAAAAUCUGAAACUUUCUGCCAAAUACGAGCUCUCCGGCGGUUAUAAACCCACACCGAUGGAUCUGAACCACAUCAAACUGGCAUCCGCUCAAGAGGCGAUGGUGGACAAACUGGCGGAGAACGCUCAUAAUGUUUGGGCCAGAGAUCGCAUCCGUCAGGGCUGGACCUACGGGAUACAGCAGGACAUUAAGAGCAGGAGGAAUCCCCGUCUGGUUCCGUACGCUCUUCUGGAUGAGAGAACGAAGAAAUCAAACAAGGACAGUCUACGGGAAGCCGUGAGGACGUUAUUGGGUUACGGCUACAAUCUAGAAGCCCCCGAUCAAGAUCACGCAGAUCGGUCAGACGUCAAUAAUCUCUCCGCUGAGCGCUUCCGGAUUUACAGAGCGGAGAAGACGUACGGCGUGAACGGAGGAAAGUGGUAUUUUGAGUUUGAGGUGGUGACGUCGGGCGAGAUGCGGGUGGGCUGGGCGAGGCCCGGAUGCCUCCCGGACCAGGAGCUGGGCUCAGACGAACAGGCCUUCGUCUUUGAUGGAUUCAAGGCUCAGCGCUGGCACCAGGGUAACGAGCACUUUGGCCGUUCGUGGCAGUGCGGUGAUGUCGUGGGGUGUAUGGUGGACAUGAAUGAACGCACCAUGAUAUUCACGCUCAACGGCGAAGUGCUGCUCGACGACUCGGGCUCUGAACUCGCCUUCAAAGACUUUGAGGUUUGGGAAGGUUUCAUCCCCGUGUGUAGUCUGGGCGUGUGUCAGGUCGGGCGGAUGAACUUCGGGAAGGACGUGAGCACUCUGAAAUAUUUCACCAUCUGCGGUCUGCAGGAGGGGUACGAACCCUUCGCCGUCAACAUGAACCGAGAACUGACCAUGUGGAUCAGCAAACGACUGCCGCAGUUUAUUCCCGUACCGCCCAACCACGAGCACAUAGAGGUCACACGGAUCGAUGGCACAGUGGAAAGCCCUCCGUGCCUAAAGGUCACCCAGAGGUCAUUCGGAUCACAGAACAGCAGCACAGACAUCAUGUUCUUUCGACUGAGCAUGCCCAUCGAGUGCUCGGAGGCGUUCGUCAGAUCUCCCGGCGGGACAUUAGCGACCAACGGGAGUUUCUUCUCUCCAAAGAAGGAUCUGGAUGAUUUUGAGACGGUGUCGGACUUUGAGGUUCUGAUGAAGAGUUCACACAUGAGCGCAAACGGGCCGGAGAGAGAACGAGACGAAUUCAACAACCAUAAAGAUCAUAAUCAAGAGAAACCAUCGAAAAUCAAACAAAGGUUCAUGUUAAAGAGAAUGAAGCCAGACUUGAACAGCAGUAACUCCAGCGCUCGUUUAUCCGAGGACGUUUUGGCUGAUGAGAGAGAUGAUUCUGUGAAUCUCAUACAAACAUCAACGUAUUUCUACUCGGUGAGGAUAUUCCCUGGUCAGGAGCCGUCCAGCGUUUGGGUCGGGUGGGUGACCUCUGACUUUCAUCAGCACGAUCCGGCCUUUGAACUCAACAUGGUCAGGGUCGUCACCGUUACCCUGGGAGACGAGAAGGGCAAAGUUCAUGAGAGUAUUAAACGCAGUAACUGCUAUAUGGUGUGGGGCGGUGAGAGCAGCAGUCCCAGUCAAGGUCGCAAUAAUAACGGACUGGAGAUCGGAUGUUUGGUGGAUACAGCCAACGGCCUCCUCACGUUCACCUCCAACGGCAAAGAGCUGAGUACAUACUAUCAGGUGGAGCCCAGCACCAAACUGUUCCCCGCAGUGUUUGCACAGGCCACGAGCCCAAACGUCUUCCAGUUCGAACUGGGACGCAUCAAGAGCGUGAUGCCACUUUCCGCUGGGUUGUUUAAAAGCGAGAGGAAGAACGUCGUCCCUCAGUGUCCGCCGCGGUUACAUGUGCAGUUCCUCACGCCUGUGUUAUGGAGUCGUGUGCCCAAUCAGUUCCUGAGGUCAGAGGUCACCAGGGUCAAUGAGAGACUCGGCUGGAUGGUUCAGAGUUCAGAACCCCUGCAGUUCAUGACCUUACAUAUACCUGAAGAGAACAGGUCGCUGGAUAUUCUUGAGUUGACGGAGCAGCAAGACCUGCUGAAGUUUCACUAUCACACGCUGCGUUUAUAUUCUGCGAUCUGCGCUUUGGGGAACAAUCGUGUUGCUCACGCACUCUGCAGUCACGUAGAUGAGGCGCAGCUGCUGUACGCCAUCCAGAACAAAUACAUGCCGGGCCUUCUGCGCACCGGAUACUACGACCUGCUCAUCGACAUCCACCUGAGCGGUUACGCCACGGCCAGACUCAUGAUGAACUCCGAGUACAUCGUUCCCAUGACGCCUGAGACCAAAAGCAUCACGCUGUUUCCCAACGAGAAGAAGAAACACGGGCUGCCUGGAAUCGGACUGAGUACAUCGCUGCAACCGCGCAUGCGCUUUUCCUCCCCGAGCUUUGUAGGGGCUGUUGGCGACUGUUUCCAGUACAGCCCGGAGUUUCCGUUGGAGACGCUGAAGAGUCGUACGAUGGAGAUGCUGACGGAAGCGGUGCGCGAGGGUAGUUUACAUGUGCGUGAUCCUGUAGGGGGCAGCACUGAGUUCCUGUUUGUUCCACUCAUUAAACUCUUCUACACACUUCUUAUCAUGGGCAUCUUUCAUAACGGAGACCUGAAGACCAUCCUGCAGCUGAUCGAGCCCAGCGUGUUUUCUCAGGACUCUGGGGCUGAGAGCGGCCCCGGGACCCCAGAGGCAGAGGAGAGCUGUGGGCGGGGUCGAUUAGAGGAGGGUGGAGCCGACGAGCACAAUCUGAGAGGAAAGAUGCCCAAAGGACUGUUACAGAUGAAACUUCCUGAACCUGUCAAACUUCAGAUGUGUCACCUGCUUCAGUAUCUGUGCGACUGUCAGGUGCGUCAUCGUAUCGAGGCAGUGGUCGCGUUCUCUGACGACUUUGUGGCGAAUCUUCAGGAUAAUCAGCGCUUCCGCUAUAACGAAGUGAUGCAGGCGUUAAACAUGUCUGCCGCGCUCACCGCACGCAAAACCAAAGAGUUUCGCUCGCCGCCACAGGAACAGAUCAACAUGCUGCUGAAUUUUAAGGAUGAGAAGCAGGAUUGUCCGUGUCCUGUAGACAUCAGAGAACAGCUGCUGGAGUUCCAUGAAGAUCUCAUGACUCACUGCGGCAUUGAGGCGGAUGAUGAUAAAUCGGAUGACGGUGAUUUCACCAUCAGAGCUCGUCUGAUGUCACUGGUGGAGAAGGUGACGUACCUGAAGAAGAAGAUGGCUGAUUUACCAAAGAAGAAGAAACUGAAGAAGCCGAGCACUCUGCAGCAAUUGAUCUCAGAGACGAUGGUCCGGUGGGCUCAGGAAUCCGUCAUCGAGGACCCUGAGCUUGUGCGUGCGAUGUUUGUGUUACUUCACCGGCAGUACGAUGGGAUCGGUGGACAGGUGCGAGCGCUCCCUAAAACGUACACCAUCAACGCCGUGUCUGUGGAGGACACCAUUAACCUGCUGGCGUCUCUGGGUCAGAUCAGAUCGCUGCUCAGCGUCAGGAUGGGUCGAGAGGAAGAGAAACUCAUGAUUCAUGGACUCAGUGACAUCAUGAACAAUAAGGUGUUUUAUCAGCAUCCGAACCUGAUGCGAGCGCUCGGCAUGCACGAGACCGUGAUGGAGGUGAUGGUGAAUGUGCUGGGAGGAGGAGAAACCAAAGAAAUCACGUUUCCUAAGAUGGUGGCGAACUGCUGUCGUUUCCUGUGUUACUUCUGUCGCAUCAGUCGUCAGAAUCAGAAGGCCAUGUUUGAUCAUCUGAGCUAUCUGCUGGAGAACAGCAGCGUGGGACUCGCGUCUCCCUCCAUGCGAGGUUCGACUCCUCUGGAUGUCGCUGCUGCAUCAGUGAUGGAUAAUAAUGAACUGGCGCUCGCACUGAGAGAACCCGACCUGGAGAAGGUGGUCCAGUAUCUGGCAGGUUGUGGUCUUCAGAGUUGUGUGAUGCUCAUGUCUAAAGGUUAUCCAGACAUCGGCUGGAACCCGGUAGAGGGAGAGCGAUACCUCGACUUCCUGAGAUUUGCAGUCUUUUGUAACGGAGAGAGUGUAGAGGAGAAUGCGAAUGUGGUGGUACGGCUCCUGAUUCGACGGCCGGAGUGUUUUGGUCCCGCCCUGCGCGGUGAGGGCGGGAACGGACUGCUGGCAGCGAUGGAGGAGGCCAUAAAGAUCUCGGAAGAUCCCAGUCGAGACGGACCAUCACCCACCACAGAGGAGAACAGAACACUUAAUGAUGUCACUGAGGAAGAGGAGGAAGAUGACACCAUUCACAUGGGAAAUGCUAUCAUGACCUUCUAUGCUGCACUGAUCGACCUGUUGGGCCGCUGCGCUCCAGAGAUGCACUUGAUCCACGCGGGGAAGGGAGAGGCCAUCCGUAUCCGAGCUAUCCUGAGAUCUCUCAUUCCCAUUGAAGAUCUGGUCGGAGUGAUCAGUAUUCCGUUCCUGAUGCCCACUUUAGGGAAAGACGGGUCUGUGAUCGAGCCGGACAUGUCCGGAGGCUUCUGUCCGGAUCAUAAAGCCGCCAUGGUUCUGUUCCUGGACCGAGUUUACGGUAUCGAGGAUCAGAACUUCCUGCUGCAUCUGCUGGAGGUGGGCUUCCUGCCCGACCUCAGAGCCGCUGCCUCAUUGGACACGGCCGCCCUGAGCGCUACAGACAUGGCGUUGGCUCUGAACCGGUAUCUGUGUACGGCUGUUCUGCCGCUGCUGACCAAAUGUGCUCCUCUGUGUGCGGGGACGGAGCCGUUUGCGUCCCUCAUCGACUCGCUGCUGCACACCGUCUACAGACUGUCGAAAGGCUGCUGUCUCACCAAAGCGCAGCGAGACGUUAUAGAGGAGUGUCUGCUCGCUGUGUGCGGUAAACUGCGGCCUUCUAUGAUGCAGCAUCUACUGCGGCGUCUGGUGUUUGAUGUCCCUGUGCUGAAUGAACACACAAAGAUGCCGCUGAAGCUCUUGACCAAUCACUACGAGCGCUGCUGGAAGUAUUACUGUCUGUCCGGCGGGUGGGGCAGUUUUGGUGCGGCGUCAGAUGAGGAGCUUCAUCUCUCCAGAAAACUCUUCUGGGGAAUCUUUGAUGCUCUGGCUAGAAAGAAAUAUGAUGUGGAGUUGUUUAAGUUGGCUUUGCCGUGUCUGAGCGCGGUGGGCGGAGCUUUACCUCCUGAUUACAUGGAGUCGAACUAUGUGGCCAUAAUGGAGAAACAGUCAUCGAUGGACACCGACGGAAACUUCAACCCUCAACCAGCCGACACCAGCAGCAUCGUGGUUCCCGAGAAACUCGAUCAUUUCAUCAAUAAAUAUGCAGAAUAUUCUCAUGAGAAAUGGUCCAUGGAGAAGUUUGUUGUUGGCUGGGUUCAUGGAGAUCAGAUGUGUGAAUCCUCUAAAGUUCAUCCUCUGCUGAAGCCCUACAAAUGUCUCUCUGAGAAGGAUAAGGAGGUUUACCGCUGGCCAAUCAGAGAGAGUCUGAAGACGAUGCUGUCGUGGGAAUGGAGCAUCGAGAGGACGAGAGAGAGCGACGCAUCCACGUUACAAAACCGCACGCGCAGAAUAUCGCUAUCCAGUCAGCGGUCUAUAGAGGGCGCUCACGGGUUCAGCCCACGGCCUGUCGACAUGAGCAACGUCACGCUGUCCAGAGACCUGCAUUCGAUGGCGGAGCUGCUGGCGGAGAACUAUCACAACAUCUGGGCUCAGAAGAAGAAGCUGGAGCUGGAAUCUAAAGGUGGGGGGAGUCACCCGUUACUGGUUCCUUACGACACUUUAACUGCCAAAGAGAAAUCCAAAGAUCGAGAAAAAGCACAAGACAUCCUUAAAUUCUUUCAGAUCAACGGAUACACUGUGUCAAGGGCGAUGAAAGAACAAGAUCUGGACACUCCGUCUAUAGAGAAGCGUUUUGCGUACACAUUUCUGCAGCAGCUGAUCGCGUAUGUGGAUGAAGCUCACGGACACAUGCUGGAGAUCGAUGUUGGGAUACGGUCUAAAGGGGAGAAAAUCCCUCAUGAGCAGCAGGUCAAAUUCUUUGGAAAGGUCGUGUUGCCGCUGGUGGAUCAAUACUUUAAAAACCACCGGCUCUACUUCCUGUCUACUGCUGUUCGUCCAAUCAGCAGCGGCGGUCACGCCUCCAAUAAAGAGAAGGAGAUGGUGACCAGUCUUUUCUGCAAACUGGGAGUUCUGGUCAGACACAGGAUAUCUCUGUUUGGGAACGAUGCCACCUCCAUAGUGAACUGUCUGCACAUACUGGGUCAGACGCUGGACGCCAGGACCGUGAUGAAAACAGGUCAGGACUCCGUCAAAGCGGCUCUGCGGGCGUUUUUUGAUAACUCAGCAGAAGAUCUGGAGAAGACGAUGGAGAACCUGCGUCAGGGUCAGUUCACUCACACGCGCGCGCAACCGAAAGGCGUCACACAGAUCAUAAACUACACGACCGUGGCGCUGCUGCCGGUUCUCUCCUCGCUGUUCGAACACAUCGCACAAAACCUGUUCGGAGAAGACCUGAUCCUGGAGGACGUCCAGGUGUCCUGUUAUCGUAUUUUAAACAGUUUGUACUCACUUGGAACCAGUAAAAGUAUUUAUGUGGAGAGGCAAAGACCCGCUCUGGGUGAGUGUCUGGCCGCGUUCUCGGGUGCGUUUCCUGUGGCCUUCCUGGAGCCCAGUCUGAAUAAACACAACACUUACUCCAUAUACAACUGCAAGAGCUCCAGAGAGAGAGCAGUGUUAGGUCUACCUACUCAGGUGGAGGAGGUGUGUGCGCUGGUGCCAUCUCUGGAGCGGGCUCUCGAGGAGAUCAUGGAGCUGGCAGAGUCUGGCAUGCGUUACACACAGAUGCCCCAUGUGAUGGAGGUCCUGCUGCCGAUGCUCUGCAGUUACAUGUCGCACUGGUGGGAACACGGACCUGAGAGCGACCCGGAGCGAUCGGAGAGCUGCUGCACAUCUCUGACCUCUGACCACAUGAACACACUGCUGGGGAACAUCCUCAAAAUAAUUUACAAUAACCUGGGCAUCGAUGAAGGAGCCUGGAUGAAGCGACUCGCCGUGUUUUCUCAACCCAUCAUCGGUAAAGCAAAGUCUCAGCUGCUGAAGACUCACUUCCUGCCUCUGAUGGAGAAGCUGAAGAAGAAAGCGGCGACGGUUCUUCAGGAUGAGGAGCACAUGAAGGCCGAGGGUCGAGGAGAGAUGUCCGAAUCAGAACUUCUCAUCCUGGAUGAGUUCACCGUCCUCGUGAGAGAUCUGUACGCCUUCUACCCUCUGCUCAUUCGAUUCGUCGACUACAACAGAGCAAUAUGGCUGAAAGAACCAAAUCAAGAGGCCGAGGAAUUAUUCCGUAUGGUGGCGGAAGUCUUUAUAUUCUGGGCCAAAUCACACAACUUCAAGAGAGAGGAGCAGAACUUUGUAGUUCAGAAUGAAAUCAACAACAUGUCCUUCCUCAUCACCGACACCAAAUCCAAAAUGUCUAAGGGUGCGGUAUCAGACCAGGAGAGGAAAAAGAUGAAGAAACGCGGCGAUCGAUACUCACUUCAGACGUCACUGAUCGUCGCCGCUCUCAAGAGGUUACUUCCUGUCGGGUUGAAUAUCUGUGCGCCGGGAGAUCAGGAGCUGAUCGCACUCGCCAAGAGCCGCUUCACACAGAAAGACACGGAAGUCGAGGUGCGAGAGACCGUCAGGAAUAACCUCCACCUGCAGGGGAAGUUAGAGGAUCCUGCUAUCCGCUGGCAGAUGGCGCUCUAUAAAGACAUGCCCAACCGCACCGAAGACACCUCUGAUCCUAAUAAGACUGUGGAAAGAGUGCUGAACAUCGCCCAUGUGCUCUUCCACCUGGAUCAGGUAAAAUUGAUGCUAUUAAUCUGUUUUCACUCUUGUGUAUUUGAUCAGGUUGAACAUCCUCAGAGGAGUAAAAAAGCCGUUUGGCACAAGCUCCUGUCCAAACAGAGGAAGAGAGCCGUGGUGGCCUGCUUCAGGAUGGCACCUCUUUACAACCUGCCCAGGCAUCGUGCAGUAAACCUGUUCCUGCAGGGUUAUGAGAAGUCCUGGAUCGAGACCGAGGAACAUUAUUUUGAAGACAAACUGAUAGAGGAUUUGGCUAAACCAGGUGGAGAAGAGCCGUUAGAGGAGGACGAGACCACCAAACGCAUUGACCCUUUACACCAGCUCAUACAACUGUUCAGCAGAACCGCACUGACAGAGAAAUGUAAACUAGAGGAAGAUCAUCUCUACAUGGCCUACGCUGAUAUUAUGGCCAAGAGUUGUCAUGAUGAAGAGGAAGAUGAUGAGGAAGAGGUCAAGAGUUUUGAGGAGAAAGAAAUGGAGAAGCAGAAGCUGUUGUAUCAGCAGGCGAGACUUCACGACCGUGGAGCCGCUGAGAUGGUGCUCCAGACCAUCAGCGCCAGCAAAGGUGAGAUGGGGCCGAUGGUGGCCUCUACACUGAAGUUGGGCAUCGCUAUACUCAACGGAGGAAACUCAACUGUACAGCAGAAAAUGCUGGACUACCUGAAAGACAAAAGAGACGUUGGAUUCUUUCAGAGUCUAGCUGGACUCAUGCAGUCGUGCAGUGUUUUGGAUCUGAAUGCGUUUGAGAGACAGAAUAAAGCUGAAGGUCUCGGUAUGGUGACAGAGGAAGGAUCAGGUGAAAAGGUCAUGCAGGAUGACGAAUUCACCUGUGACCUCUUCCGCUUCCUACAGCUGCUCUGUGAGGGUCACAACUCAGAUUUUCAGAACUACCUGAGAACACAGACGGGCAACAACACAACCGUCAACAUCAUCAUCUCUACAGUGGAUUACCUGCUCAGAGUCCAGGAGUCGAUCAGUGAUUUCUACUGGUAUUAUUCUGGGAAAGAUGUGAUUGAUGAACAAGGCCAGCGGAAUUUCUCCAAAGCCAUUAAUGUAGCCAAACAAGUCUUCAACACACUCACGGAGUACAUUCAGGGUCCUUGCACGGGGAACCAGCAGAGUCUUGCUCACAGUCGCCUGUGGGAUGCAGUUGUUGGUUUCCUGCAUGUCUUUGCACAUAUGCAGAUGAAGCUGUCUCAGGAUUCAAGCCAGAUCGAGCUGUUGAAGGAGCUGAUGGAUCUUCAGAAGGACAUGGUUGUGAUGCUCUUGUCCAUGUUGGAGGGAAACGUUGUGAAUGGCACCAUUGGAAAGCAGAUGGUGGACAUGUUAGUGGAGUCCUCCAACAAUGUCGAGAUGAUCCUCAAGUUCUUUGACAUGUUCCUCAAACUGAAGGACUUGACGUCAUCAGAUGCCUUCAAAGAGUACGACCCUGAUGGGAAGGGAGUCAUCUCCAAGAGGGAUUUCCAUAAGGCCAUGGAGAGCCAUAAACACUACACCCAAUCCGAGACGGAGUUCCUGCUGUCCUGCGCAGAAACGGAUGAAAACGAGCUCUUGGACUACGAAGAGUUUGUCGAACGCUUCCACGAGCCGGCGAAAGACAUCGGCUUCAACGUUGCGGUUCUCCUGACCAAUCUCUCCGAACAUAUGCCGCACGAUUCCCGCCUGCAAACCUUCCUGGAGCUCGCCGAGAGCGUUCUGAACUAUUUCCAGCCGUAUCUGGGCCGCAUCGAGAUCAUGGGCAGCGCCAAGCGGAUCGAGCGCGUGUACUUCGAGAUUAGCGAGUCGAGUCGCACCCAGUGGGAGAAGCCGCAGGUCAAGGAGUCCAAACGGCAGUUCAUCUUCGAUGUUGUAAACGAGGGUGGUGAGAAAGAGAAAAUGGAGCUUUUCGUGAACUUCUGUGAGGACACCAUCUUUGAGAUGCAGCUGGCCGCGCAGAUGUCGGAUGCUGGCGAGCGCUCGGCUAGCAAAGAGGACAGCGAGAGGGAAAAGCCAGAAGAAGAGAACACCGAGAUGGGUUUCUUCUCGGUCACCACCGUACGGACAGCCCUGUUUGCCCUCCGAUACAACGUGAUUCUUCUGAUGAAGGUGCUAUCCAUGAAGAGCCUGAAGAAGCAAGUGAAGAAAGCGAAGAAGAUGACGGUUAAGGACAUGGUGACCACGCUCGUGUCCUUCUAUUGGAGCGUCCUGAUGGGUCUGCUGCACUUUGCCUUCAGCGUCGCUCGAGGGUUCUUCCGUAUCAUCUACAACAGCUUUUUAGGAGGGAGUCUGGUGGAGGGAGCCAAGACCGUGAAGGUGUCCGAGCUCCUGGCCAACAUGCCCGACCCAACACAGGACGAAGUGAGAGGAGAGACGGAAGAGGGCGAGAAGAAGCUUGCGGACAGAACCUCACCUGAGGAAGAUCUGGCGGAUCUGACGGUGGCCACAGAGGACACUGAUCUCCUGUCCGAUAUAUUUGGUUUGGAUCUGAAGAGAGAAGGAGGACAAUAUAAACUGAUGCCUCAUAAUCCAAAUGCCAUCCUCACUGAUCUUCUCAACACGCCCGUCCCACCUGCUCCUACGCCAUCGCCUGAGCUCCGCAGAAGACAACAGGGGUCUUCAUCUUCAACAGAGAACAAUGAAGCUACAGAGGAGACCAAAUCAGUGCCUGAGAAAGCGGAAGGGGAAAAUGGCGAGAAAGUUCAGAAAAAGAAAGAAGAGACGGUGAAACGGAAAUUCAGACAGCAUUACUGUAAAUCAGAUGAGCCUGAUCUGCAGGAGUCGGCCUUCUGGAAGAAGAUCAUCGCUUACCAACGCAAGCUGCUGAACUAUUUUGCACGAAAUUUCUACAACAUGCGAAUGUUGGCUCUGUUUGUGGCCUUUGCCAUCAACUUUAUUCUGCUGUUUUACAAGGUGUCCACAUCAUCAGCCGUGACCGAAGGGAAGGAAGUGUUGUUCAGCAAGUCCUCAGAGACCAGCGUCCGGUGGGACCCGCUGGGCAGCACAAGCAGUCGCCCCGUCACUGUGCACUUUGUCCUGGAGGAGAGCAGCGGGUACAUGGAGCCCACACUGAGGAUUCUGGCCAUUCUGCACACCGUCAUCUCAUUCUUCUGCAUCAUCGGAUACUACUGCCUGAAGGUUCCUCUGGUGAUAUUCAAGCGUGAGAAGGAAGUGGCGAGAAAGCUGGAGUUUGACGGUCUUUACAUCACCGAACAGCCGUCAGAGGACGACAUUAAAGGUCAAUGGGAUCGACUGGUCAUCAAUACACAGUCCUUCCCAAACAAUUACUGGGAUAAAUUCGUCAAGAGAAAGGUGAUGGAUAAAUAUGGAGAGUUUUAUGGACAUGAUCGGAUCAGUGAGCUGCUCGGGAUGGAUAAAGCUGCGCUGGACUUCAGUGAUGCACACGAGAAAAAGAAACCGAAGAGGGACAGUUCACUAGCCGCAGUACUGAACUCCAUCGAUGUCAAGUAUCAGAUAUGGAAGUUGGGAGUCGUGUUCACAGACAACUCGUUCCUGUAUCUGGCCUGGUACAUGAGCAUGUCCAUUCUCGGCCACUACAAUAAUUUCUUCUUUGCCGCUCAUCUGUUGGACAUCGCCAUGGGCUUUAAAACGCUCCGGACUAUUCUGUCUUCAGUCACACACAACGGCAAACAGCUGGUCCUGACUGUAGGUCUGCUGGCGGUCGUCGUGUAUCUCUACACAGUUGUGGCUUUUAACUUCUUCCGUAAGUUCUACAAUAAGAGUGAAGACGGAGAAUCGCCGGAUAUGAAGUGUGACGACAUGCUGACGUGCUAUAUGUUCCACAUGUAUGUUGGCGUUCGUGCUGGUGGUGGAAUCGGUGAUCAGAUUGAGGAUCCGGCGGGUGACGAAUACGAGAUCUAUCGCAUCAUCUUCGACAUCACCUUCUUCUUCUUUGUCAUCGUCAUCCUCCUCGCCAUCAUUCAGGGUCUGAUCAUUGAUGCAUUUGGUGAGCUGAGAGACCAACAAGAACAAGUGAAAGAAGACAUGGAGACGAAGUGUUUCAUCUGUGGAAUUGGAAAUGAUUAUUUCGACACGGUUCCUCACGGCUUUGAGACGCACACGCUACAGGAACACAACCUGGCCAACUAUCUAUUUUUCUUUAUGUAUCUCAUCAAUAAAGAUGAAACGGAGCACACGGGCCAGGAGUCUUACGUCUGGAAAAUGUACCAGGAACGAUGCUGGGAAUUCUUUCCUGCUGGCGACUGUUUCCGCAAACAAUACGAGGACCAGCUCAAUUAAACACACACACACACACACACACACACACACACACACACACACACACACACACACACACACACACUUUAGAGGACAAUUGAACUUUAUAUCCGCACCUGAAGAGAGACACGAGGAGAGACUUGAUUCUGGCUCUUCAAUGCUUCUUCAUUUCCUUUAUUAAAUUAACAAAGACUAAUUCCAGUGGAGGGGACGCAGGGAUUGAGGAACGACAUGGACUAUCCCAGCACUGCACACCAGAUGAGAACAGCCUGUCUGUGGGACAGAAUUCUGGAAGUUUCUUGUGACGGGGGAUACAGUGCCUUACCGCGGGACAGAGGAGCUAUGCAAGACGAGAUAAAGAUGAGCGAGAGAGCGAGCGCUUGUACCCCUCAGGACUAACGUUGGGUUCAUAUUCUCCUCCCGUUUGUUUUCGGUUUAUUUCGGUAAUGCACCCGUGCAAAUGCAGAGUUACUCUUUAUAUACGACUUCUCUUAAAGAUGUGUCAUUGCAUGUUUAUUAUGCAAGUUUAAGGAAAACAAUUGAAAACGCUAGCUGAUGUACAUCACCGCAGUUUUAUAGGUUUAAGAAUAUUUAAGAUAUCUCUGUACUAUCCGAGUAUGUCAUGAGCUUUCCCGCCAUUUGCCAAGAAUGCACUCUUAUGGAGCGGUUCACCCGUGGAAAACAAUACAUUCGCCCUAGAUUUAGUUUGAUGCAGAAGCAAUACCCAUUCAGGGAGUCCACCCUGCACCCUGCACCCUACACCCUACGGCGACGGGGGAGCGACAUUGGCAUUCAUAAGGAGUUCAACUCAAGCUUUAUAACUACAGAACUGCUACACGAGCACAUCGCGCACAGACUGCGGACAGUUUCCGAGUUCCGAGUCCUGCCGAAUCGUUGGUGUGUUAUGACGGACAUUUGCCAUCUUUCAUGACAUCACUGCACUUUCUUUCAUAGCCAUGACAAAGAAACAACGCUUUUCUUAUUUGUUAUACGAAACAAUGUGAAAUCAUUGCAAUAACAACAAAUGGGCUAAAAAAAAAAUAAAUAAAAAAAAGUAAAUAUCUGCAACUAUGUGAGAGACAUUUUACUCAUGUAAAGAAUUUUGAUAACAAAAAAAAACCUCAUCUGUCAGACUUUAGUGUCCCGUGUAGAGUCGUGCGCAUAUAACUGUGUUUGAUCUGUAAAGGGAAGUCAAAG